GGAAAAGAUCUGUAAAAUAACUGGAUGUGCAAAGUGUACUAUAGAAAGGUAGAGUCUCUCAGGAGCAAAGAUGAGCAGAGGUUCACCAAUCUGGAGAAAAAAAAUCAAAUCGUGGAACAAUUUCAGAACAAUGUUCCUCAACAUCUGGAGACAUUUUUGGGUGCAAGAGACAAGGGCUAAAAUCAAUAUUGGAUUCUCCUGAUAUUCGGGCCCUCAAUUGGCAUUAUUUUUGUAAUGAAAUCACUGCAUGGGCUCACCUUCAAGCAUCAUACAGCUCCAGAAAUCAUCAAAAACGUUAUUUUUCUGUUUUCUCUACAUAAUGAUGCAUGAAGGCAAAAAAACCCAGACUAUAUUACAAAAAAAAUGUUUUAAGAUUUGCAUUUCAAGUACAAUUAUAUUUCAAGUAAAAAAUAAAUAAGAAUAAUAAAAGUUUUCUCUCAGAUUCUGAGGAUGGUUCUAGAGUGUACUGUAGCUUUAAGUGAGCUCUCCAUGGUAAGUAGGAAGCGCGGCUACUCGAGAACGUGCAUUUUCUGCGCGCUCCAGUGCUGAGUGGAGAUAGAAAAAAAUAUUUUUAUAUCACAAUUCUGCAAGUUUCUUCAAAACUACAAGACCAGCACAUGAACGCGAGCUGUCGAUCGCUCACCAGAAUGUAACAAGGUCACAGUUAGAGGAUCCGAGCCCCACCUCCCCCCAACCUGCCAUUCUAUAAUGUUUCUGAAAACGGUUCCUCCUGUGGUGGCAGUUCACUCAGAAUGGAGGUCCGGUAAGAGCUUGAGCCUGCCUCUUUGCUUCAAUGAUAGCGCUUCAGACAGUGACUUUGUAUCUUCAAGCGGAACCCCCAUCCCGCACAAAGUCCAGAUGAUCAUUGACAGCCUCUGCAGCACACAGUCCUCAGAUAUGAACAAUGAGAUCAACUCUAGUGCCCAGUCUGCCCUCAACCUGCCCAAGUCGGCAUGUGGUGGCCACAAGUCUUGUCACAUGGACACUCUGGCGAGGUCUCGCCGAGCAGUAACGGACAGCGGUAAGCUUCACGCGUCUAGCUCUGAUGCCACCGAAGGUUCAGACAGCGAUGAUUCAGUAGAUCGGGGGAUUGAGGAGGCCAUUCAGGAGUACCUGAAAGAGAAAGUGGACCACAAGCAUAAGAGGGAGCCAGUAGAGAACCCAGUUCAAGCACCUAAAGUCCAGCCGGGUGGUAACUGUAUGGCAGAUGCACCAAAACAGCUCAUGCAUUCCACCAAAGUGCUAAUCAAUAGCACCGAUAGCCUGAAAGGUUCAAAAGGAAUCCAGCCAUUGGUAGCCUUAAAAAAAAAGAAAAAAUCAAUAAAAGAUAACCGAUUUGGGAAACCGGGUGUUGUUAAGACUUUGCCUACAAAAGCACCACCUUGCUCUGGAACACCUUCCUGUUUGCCCCAAGUAGAUUGUACACCUACUUCACUCAAAAUAAAAGUGAAUGAAGAUUUAAUGGACUCGAGCAGUGAUGAUGGCAUCGAAGAGGCCAUACAGAAGUUUCAGCAGGAAGAGAAGGAGCGUCAUGAGGGCUUGAGGUACUUAAAGCUGAAGGAAAUGCUGGACUCCAGUAGUGAUGAUGGCAUCGAGGAGGCUAUCCGAAACUACCAACAGGAGAAGGAAAAAGAUCACAAAAUUCACCCGAAGCAAACUGGUUUGGAUGAUCAUAUCCAUGUUAAGCCUAUUAAAAAAAUAAAUAAGAAGAAGAACAGAAAGAAAAAAGCAGUGGAUCCUAAAGAAAUGAAGUGUGCUUCACCAAAACCUGGCGGUCUUUCUCUCAGCAUGUUGCCUACAUGUUGCCUGCGGGCCAGUGGAGAUUCACUGUGUCCCACUAAAGAUGAAGAGCAACAGGAUGGGCGGCAAAUUCAUUCCACAUUCACUGUAAAUACCACAGCUGAGCUGAUGUGUGCCGAGGCCAUCUUGGACAUCUCCAAGACUGUCAUGCCUGCAUCAUUUGAACCCGCUUUGGACCUGGCCAGUACCCCUACAACAGAGAUUCCAUCUUUCUUUCCCACUGGUGUUUCAUUGCAGAAGUGUGAAAAGAGCGACGAGAGCUCUGUAGACAGUGAGGAUGGAAUUGAGCAAGAGAUUCGUAAAUUUCUGGAACUUAAAGCGAAGCUUCAUGAGCAGGCAUCCACAACUGACUACUCUGGAUUACCCACAGUCACUAAAACCCCGCAGCACAUUAAAGUUGAAGAGGAUCAGAACAAAUCACUGAGACUAUCCUUCUCACGGAAAAGGAAAUGGAAAGAAGAGGAUAGCAAAAGCUGUAAACAAGGAAUUGCUGGUAUAUUGAAAGAGGAGCCUCAACCCAUGUCCCUAACCCAGAGUGAUUUUUCUUCUGUCACAUGGCGCACCUGUAGCCCAAAUACGAUAAAGAACAGUUACCCUACACAGAGCUCUCCCCAUCAUAGCAUUAAAGAAGGAUCUACAUCCAUUAACAAGGUUUCCAGCUGUGGAACCAGCCCCCCAAAGUCUAUUAUUGCCUCUGAGAGGAAUUAUAGCAGUGAUAAAAGCAGCUCGUUGGACAGUGAUGAGGAUCUUGAUGCAGCAAUAAAAGAUUUGCUUAAAACGAAAAAAAUUGUGAAAAAGAAAGUCAGGGACAUGAAACUAAAGGCACGUAAGAGCUCUAAACCUGUGCAACUACAAAGUACUGACACCUUAAAAAAACACAAAUCUGUCAAGGAUCAAAAAUUGGUUCUUGCUGCUAAAACUAUUAAACCAAAUACUAUAAAAAGCACCAAGGGGUUGAUUAGCAUACCCAUACAGGACAAAGGUGCUAAUCCUAAAGCCUCGAAGUCACAGAACAGCAAGAAAUGUAAUGUCGCCACAAAAGAGGACCAGGGUUCUCUGGCAGUGCAUGGCGUCCAGUCUUCACAUGUUGAAGAGGACAGCAGCUCAGUGGACAGUGAUGACAGCAUUGAGCAAGAGAUCCGUAGGUUCUUGGCUGAGAAAGCAAAAGGGUCUUUUACUCCAGAGACGAUACUGAAGCAAGAAAAUGCUGGAGGUGCAGCAGAAGCUUCUUGCAGUACAUCUGGAGAGAUAGAUAGUAAAGUAGGAGUUAAAAUGGAGGAGCUUCAGAAAAAGACUUCUGAUCUCACAAGGGCUCCAUUGAGCUCCAACCCAAAACAGGAGGAGCAAACAGGCACUGCCAUGAGCAUUAAGAGUUCACCUUCAUCAUUUGACAGCUGUUGCAGCUCGGAAGAAGGUAGGACGGGUGAUCAGUUGCGAGAGGACUUUGCAUGAUGCAGGAAUCUCAGCUUAGUCAAGGAUCAGGCUGAAAAGGUAACCGGAAAGUUCACAGAAAGAACUGAUUGUGAAGCAUUUAUCAAUUUAACUGGCCCACAGGAGUCCAAAGUUGAAGUGCAGCACCAGAACCUGUUUCUGAUGAAGCAUGAUAACUGCAGCAUAAGUACUGCUAGGGACAAAUCAACUGACCUUUCAAGCAGCUUGCAGAACAGGGGUAGAAUUCCUCUUAUAGAGGUUAUCAGCACUGUGUGUCCUUCUCCCCCUCCACUAGGGAAACAGGUCCUUAGUUCCUCUUCAGAGACUCUCGUGGUUGCCAAGGAAGAACGGAAGGAAAGUUCUUCUGAGAGCAGGCCGGACUCGUUUGACCUUUGCAGUUGGGAAAGAAAAGGACAAUGGGACCAACCACAUAAUCUGACCUCUAACACCCGACACACAUCCCCGAAGCCUGCACACCUCUCUCGGCACCUGCCUUCUUACCCCUCUCACAUUUCGUGUGUCCCCUUGCCCCUUGCACUAUCCCAGCCACGUGCUGGUCACAGCUUGCGCAGAGAUCAGUCUUCAGUUGUAGCUCUGCCAUCUCAUAAAUCCAAUCAUCUGCAGCUUAAAAAUGCACAGAAAGAUACUAAAAAAACGAGUGAAGUGAAGGAGGAGGAACAGCAGGAGAGGUGCAUAGAUGAGACAGAUGUAGAGUCAGGUGAAGAGAGGACAGAUAAGAGACAGCAGCAGUGCAGCCAAUUUCUGUCCACCUGUAUCGAUCCAGGUGUGCUUCUCAGUCCCUACAUUGCCCUUAACACGGAGGAAAGGAGCCAGAAAUUCAGACACAAUAAGAAGAGAGUGCUGAAAUGUGCCAAGAGGAAGCUGCAGUUUGUGUUCAGCAGUGUAAUGAUGAAGAGCAUAUGAUACUACACACAGUGUGUUUAAAAGAUAGCUGUGGAAUGUUCUAACUUACUGUUUUAUAGUAGUUGUACUGUUCAGUGUUUUCUAUUGCUGUUUUGCAGUUUAUGUUUCAUUGGAUUUCGAAUUUACUUGGUUUUAACAAGACUUUGUUGUUUAUACAAUGGCCUCCAGACCAUGAAAACCCAUUUAGAAAUUUCUUUCAAAACAAUGUUCUACUACUUUCAAAAUGUUAAUGCACAUAAUGUUUAGACAAUAAAUGGUGCUUGAUUCAAA